CUUGCGCAAGGCAGUGGGGCGGGAAGGGAACCGGAGACACAACAAACAUGGCGGCGGCGGCGGCUGGGACGGUGACGAAGACGGCGGCGGCGACGGCAGCGGCGUUGAACAAGGCGGUGGGGGUUACUCGGUGCGGUUGUCAGGUGACCUCUGUAUGGCUUUUCAAUUUUAGUUGAAAUUUCCCUCCAUGGCCUUUUGGAGUCCCUUGGUGUGUCUCCAGAGUAAAUUUUUAUUACUCUACAUUUCAUCAAUAUUGGAAUGGCAAGAAAAAGGAGGAACUGAUUUGGGGUGAAAAGGUAUAACAAACUGUAAACUUAAAAAAAAAAGCAAAGAUGGGUGAAAAGAAACCAGAGCCUUUGGAUUUUGUGAAAGAUUUCCAGGAAUACCUGACUCAGCAGACCCAUCACGUGAACAUGAUUUCUGGAUCAGUUAGUGGGGACAAAGAAGCAGAGGCUCUUCAGGGAGCUGGAACAGAUGGUGAUCAAAAUGGACUUGAUCACCCAUCUGUUGAAGUUUCCCUGGAUGAAAACUCAGGAAUGUUAGUAGACGGGUUUGAAAGGACCUUUGAUGGGAAGCUCAAGUGUCGGUACUGCAACUAUGCCAGCAAAGGAACAGCCCGGCUUAUCGAACAUAUUAGAAUCCACACAGGAGAGAAACCUCAUAGAUGUCAUUUAUGUCCAUUUGCAUCUGCUUACGAGCGUCAUCUGGAAGCCCAUAUGCGUUCCCAUACAGGAGAAAAACCAUACAAAUGUGAAUUAUGUUCCUUCCGCUGCAGUGAUCGAAGUAACCUGUCCCAUCAUCGAAGGCGCAAGCAUAAAAUGGUACCAAUUAAAGGUACUAGGUCUUCCUUAAGCAGCAAGAAAAUGUGGGGAGUUUUACAAAAGAAAACAAGCAAUCUGGGCUAUAGCAGAAGAGCACUAAUCAACCUAAGUCCACCUUCCAUGGUGGUUCAGAAGCCAGACUACCUUAAUGAUUUUUCCCAUGAAAUCCCAACUAUCCAGACUGACUCCUAUGAAAGUAUGGCGAAAACCACAUCUACUGGUGGCCUGCCAAGGGACCCCCAAGAACUCAUGGUUGACAACCCUUUAAAUCAGCUCUCAACUCUAGCAGGACAGUUGUCCAGUUUGCCACCUGAAAACCAAAACCCCGCAUCCCCUGAUGUAGUUCCCUGCCCCGAUGAGAAGCCUUUCAUGAUGCAGCAGCCCUCUGCCCAAGCAGUAGUUUCUGCCGUGUCAGCAAGUAUUCCUCAGAGCUCCUCUCCCGCGAGCCCCGAACCUCGGCCAUCACAUAGUCAGAGGAACUAUAGUCCCGUGGCAGGUCCAAGCAGUGAGCCAAGUGCCCACACAAGUACUCCUAGCAUAGGAAACAGCCAGCCAAGCACUCCAGCUCCGACCCUGCCCGUCCAGGACCCGCAGCUUCUGCACCACUGCCAGCACUGUGACAUGUACUUUGCCGACAACAUUCUUUACACUAUUCAUAUGGGAUGUCAUGGGUAUGAAAAUCCUUUUCAGUGCAACAUAUGUGGAUGCAAAUGUAAAAACAAGUAUGAUUUUGCCUGUCAUUUUGCAAGAGGGCAACAUAACCAACACUGAUUGAAAACAAUCACAUUAUGCUUUACUUGUUUUGCCUUUUUGUGUUUUGUAGUUUUGCUUAUUGGUUUUUUCAGCAGGGGGGGUCAUCCCUAAUAAGAUGUCUGCUAAUUUAAAGUUUAAUGUAUUUAUAGAAUAUAAAUUUGACAGUGGAAACAAAAUUUUCUCCUUCAUAAAAAUCUGUCAGUCAUUUAUGUAUUAGAACAGUUAGACACGUUGGUGUCUAUUUUUCCCUUUCAUUUAGACAUUUGAGAAUUUGAGUGCAAUCACAAUCUUAAAGGGGUUCAUUUAAAUUUCCCACAUUUAUGGUCCAUAAAAACUUCAAGGCUUAUCAAUACUCUUGAUAUUUCAAUAUACAUUGCAGCUAGAUGUUAUUUCUACCGUAUUUCAAAAUGGUAGGAUAAAUUACUUUCUCUUACAAAAUCUGUUACAACUUAUUUCAAUGUUUAGCAGAGGAAUUGCCUUUAAAAUUGCUCUUAAUUGAAAUACCAUUUAGUUCACAUAGCUUAAGUUGAAUCAGUAGUUUCAUUUCAACUGAUAAUAGUAAAGCUAUUUCAGUGUAGUAAAUAUUUUUCCAUAAGGGGAAAUGUAAGACAGUUAAUUCUUUUUAAAGUUAUAAAAAUACAAGGUAAAAGUCCUGAAAAGAAAUGAAACCUAAGACUUUAAACUGAAAAUGGGGUUUAAUAUUUUACUAAAAUACCUGUUUAUUCAAUUUCUAAUUUAAACACAUGGUAAUUGUCCAUUGGAUUCCUUUUAUUAUACUUCUAGUUUUUUGUAAAAACCAGAGGUAAAUACAUGAGAAUGCUACACAAAUCAGUGGAGUAUCUAUGAAGAUGCCUUUCUUGCUUUUAAUUUGAACCUUUCAUUUAAAUCCUUCAUUCUGAUGCUAUUAGUGUCAGAUGAGGUUGAUAACUAUACUGGGAAGCUGUUAUUCCUCCUAUUCCUUUGAUGACCAAAGAGGUACAGUGGAAGUCAUCCAUCUUAUUCCUAGGAAAUGUAGUACUUCAAAAAACAUCCCUGAAGUUUCCUUUUCCUGCCUUCUAUCCACUUGUUGGCCGUAAUUGCCAAGAAAAGGUGGGUCUAGAAACACAUGGAAAAAUGUGAUGGUAAAGUAAUAUUUACAAAAAUGAGAACAUAUGUCCAGAGUGAAUUCUGGUCUCCUCUUCAGAAUUGGCCAUUUAAAAUAUUUUCUGUGAAUUCAAGUUGUAAUGCUUAUUUGCAGUUUUACCAGUUUUUCAUGUACAGUGACAAAACUAUAUGGAAACUGUGAUUGAAUUUGUCGCCUUAGUAGGAAAGGAUAAAAAAGUGUGAAAAUAGUUUUGAAAUGCAUUUAAACAUGCUAUUUAAUUUGUUUAUAAAAGUAAGAUGCUGAAUAAAUCUAGAGUAAUUCAUUUUGAAUAGGAGGCUAUUGUUUUUUAUUGUGUGAUAAUAGCUUAUUCUGAAGAGAGCUUGGUCAAACAAUAAAAUAUAUUGUUACUAAC